AACGAUGUGGCUGUUUGACUAGGUAGUUGAGUACAAUUCUUUUUACUCACUUCUAACAUGUUUACUUGCGUUUAUCGUUCUUUCGCAGUGAAGAUCGUUUGCGCGUAAUGACUUUAGUGUUUGGAUCGAGCAGUAGAUUAGCUGUGACACUGAUUUUCGCUUUUGUUAGUGUAUUUGUGUUUUGUGAAUAUGUGAUUUAUUAUCUUGUUAUUCUGCGUUGCUCAUGGCCUCUCCUUGAGAUUGAAGAUUCGCAUUCACCUUUGCGGGCUUUAUUUCUCUCUGAUACUCACUUAUUGGGGGCCAUCAGAGGACACUGGCUCGACAAACUCAGAAGAGAAUGGCAAAUGGAAAGAGCGUUUCAGACAUCCAUGUGGCUUCUAAACCCAGAAGUUGUCUUCAUUUUAGGAGACGUAUUUGAUGAGGGCAAGUGGAGCACCAGUCAGGACUGGGAAGAUGAUGUCAGACGUUUUAAACGGAUCUUUCGUCAUCCUGUUGACACAAAGCUUGUGGUUCUUGUUGGAAAUCACGACAUUGGCUUCCAUCAUGAAAUGACUAAGCAGAAGUUAGAGCGGUUUGAGCAGGUAUUUAAUGUUACAUCAGCAAGGAUUCUCACCAUUAAAGGAGUCAAUUUCUUGCUGGUGAACAGUGUUGCAUUACAUGGUGAUCAUUGCCCCAUCUGCCAACACGUGGAGGAGGAGUUACAGAAGCUCUCACAUGCUCUUAAUUGCUCCAUUCAGGGUGCACAGCAUAAUGGCCAGUGCAAGAACGCCCCACGUUUUUCCCCAGCAGCACCUGUUCUACUACAGCAUUACCCUCUAUAUAGAGUAAGUGAUGCUAUGUGUACAGGUGUAGACACAGCCCCUCUGGAUGAACAGUACCUGCUGUUCCAGGAGCGGUAUGAUGUUAUAUCCAAGAAUGCCUCUAAAAAGCUCUUGUGGUGGUUCAAGCCCCGCCUCAUUCUGAGUGGACACACUCACAAUGGCUGUGAGGUAUUGCAUGAGAACCUCUACCCUGAGAUCAGUGUUCCAUCCUUCAGCUGGAGGAACCGCAAUAACCCCAGCUUCAUCCUGGGCACAUUUUCCCAAUCUGAAUUUCAGUUGUCAAAGUGUUUUUUGCCGGAGGAGAGGACUGUGCUUGUGGUUUACUGCAGUAGCUGUCUAAUCAUUGCACUGAUAACACUCAUCCAUCUCAAGAUGUUCAGAAACUCGCUCCAAUUCACCAACAACCUUAUAGGAAAACACAAGACUUUGUAACAUACAUGAAGGUUAUGUCUAUUUGUAACAGGAGAUUUAAAUUAAUGUUCGUAAAAAUAGAUAAUGUAGAAGUAAAUGUUCAAUGUCUUAUACCUGAAUUUUACUGUUUUCUAUGCAUUGUCAUUUAAACUGUUGUUGUUUUUUUAUAAUGCUAAAUUGAAACUUGUGAAGCACCUGUCAACUUUGUUUACACUGUAUUCUUUGUUAAAUGAAGUGGGUCUAUUUGGACUAAACCUAGAGUAACUUUCAUUGCUUUCACAUGAAACGUAUGAACUGACCAGACUUUUUAGGAAUUCUUUAUACCUGUCCAAACUCAAACCUCUUAUCUGUUGUGACUACCAUGAUCCACCUAAAGUCGCUCGAAGUCCAGAGAGUCAUGCGUUGUGAGGUGGAGGCGUGUAGAUAAAUGUUUAGUGUGUGUAAAUGACAGGAUGAAUGUAAAUGGAACAAGCUCACGUGCAUGUGGAUUACGGGCUGUACAUUGCAUGAAGCAGCAAGCUGUGGAUUGUCUAUUGCGUGCUACCCAAGUACCUAAUGAAAAUUGCUGCUACCCAAUUAUCUUCUCCAUCCACUUGUGUGAGUGUCUGUAAAUUAUUACCUCUAAUAAACUUGAAUUUCUGUAUAAAUUUCA